AUGGAUCCCUUGCUUGGUUCAUCAUCUAGCCAUCCACAAGCACAUACGCGUUUUUCAUCUAUGACUGACAGUAGUUCUGGUAUGAGAUCACGAUGUUAUCAUCCUUAUAAUUAUCCACGUAUAGAUCCUUCUUCUCAUCCAAUGAAUUUAAAUGAUAAUCAAUCAUCAUCAUCACAAUCAAUUACUAAUGCAUCUGUUCCAGCAGCAAUGUCAAUUCAAGAAUUAAAUAUUGAAAAUUUAGGUUCCGAUGGGGCACCAAGUGAACGACAAACAGGUGCAAUUGGAAAUAUUUCUGAUCCUCAACAUCAACAAUAUUUAUUCAAUGAUCCAUUAUAUCUUUCAAUACUACAUGAUAUACAAAUACCACCAUCAAACCAUGAUAUUAAUGAUGAACCACCUUAUUGA